AUGAGCGGCGCGUGCGAGCUGGUGUGGCGCCUGCUGCACGCCCUGCUCUGCCUGCUGCGCGCGCUGCUCUCGUGGCUCCGCGGGCGGCUGCGGGGAGGCCCUCGGUCGUGGCUCUGGCGCUGGUGGCGCCGCGCGGCCUCUGCCGCCGCCUCCUGCGCGCUCCUGGCGCCCGCCGCCGGGGCCUUCCCCUUCCACAAGCCCGGCGCGGCGCGGCGAGUGCCUGGCGGGCGCGGGCGGGGGCGCUGGGACGGGCGGUCCCUGGAGAAGCUGCCGGUGCACAUGGGGCUGGUGGUGACCGAGGAGGAGCCGAGCUACGCGGACAUGGCCAGCCUGGUGGUGUGGUGCAUGGCGGUGGGCAUCUCCUACGUCAGCGUCUACGACCACCACGGAAUCUUCAAGAGGAAUAACGCAAGGCUGAUGGAUGAAAUUUUAAAACAGCAGCAGGAACUCUUGGGUCUAGAUUGCUCCAAAUAUACAGUGGAAUUUGCAAAUCAAGACAAAACAGACCAAGUUUUAAAUUGCCAAUCUACAUUGAAGGUGCUGUCCCCAGAAGAUGGAAAGGCAGACAUAGUGAGAGCCGCUCAGAACUUUUGCCAGUUGGUAGCACAACAGCAAAGAAAAUAUACAGACCUGGAUGUGAAUGUCUUAAACAACUUACUAAAUAGUAAUAAAGGUUUCCCUGACCCUGAUUUAAUUUUGAAGUUUGGUCCUGUGGACAGCACAUUAGGAUUCCUUCCCUGGCACAUCAGACUGACAGAAAUCAUUUCUUUGCCUUCACACCUGAACAUCAGUUAUGAAGAUUUUUUUUCUGCCCUCCAUCACUAUUCAGCCUGUGAGCAGCGUUGGGGAAAAUGACUUCUUGCUGAGCGCUCUGUCAGGCUUUCCAUGGAAAGGAUCCAGUAUCUCUGUUUACAAGCACCCUGUGAUCUGUACAAGUCUGGUUCAUAGUAAUUUUCUUAAUUUAUCAACAAACUCAAUAAAGUGUCUUACCUUU